GUGCCUGCUGGGUCUGAGAAAUCAGACUCUGUCCGAGCAGCCAGCUGAGAUCAGAGCCACUGAGCCAGUGCCAGCCACCCUCACCCAGCUCAUGUGGGCUGCAGCUGUGACCAAGAUGGACAAGCUCUUCUUCUGGUGCACUUUUCUGUCCUCCGCCGCCACUCUCCAGGCGGUAUCCACGGACCCAGGUGCUGCGCCCUCAUGCCCGCCUCCGUGCCACUGUGAAGAAGAUGGCAUAAUGCUCUCAGUGGAUUGUUCAGAGCUGGGACUCUCCCAAGUCCCUGUCAGCCUGAGCCCCUUAACGGCUUACCUUGAUCUGAGCAUGAACAACAUUAGCGAGCUGCAACCCAGCACGUUCCAUCAUCUGCGCUUCCUGGAGGAGCUGCGCCUCUCUGGAAACCAGCUCUCCCAGAUCCCAGGAGAAGCCUUUUCUGGCCUCUACAGCCUGAAGAUCCUGAUGUUGCAGAACAACCAGCUCAGACGGAUCCCCGCCGAGGCAAUGAGGGAUCUUCCAAACCUCCAGUCUCUACGCCUGGAUGCAAACCUGAUUUCCGUGGUGCCCAAGAAGAGCUUUGAGGGACUGCCCUCCUUACGUCACUUGUGGCUGGAUGAUAAUGCCCUGACAGAGAUCCCUGUCCAAGCUCUCAACAACCUUCCAGCCCUGCAGGCCAUGACGCUGGCUCUCAACCUGAUCUGGCACAUUCCUGACUACGCCUUCCAGAACCUCAGCAGCCUCGUUGUACUGCACCUGCACAACAACCGGAUCCAGAGCCUGGGGAUCAACAGCUUUGAAGGGCUGCACAGCCUGGAAACUCUGUGA